UGAGCCGGCAUCCAUUUGUUGUUCUUUGCGACUUUACGUAAUAAUUGUUAUAUUUUGUGGAAUUUAUUGAUUACUCUCAAACGUAAUAUGCUUGUGAAACACUAUAUGAUGGCCUUAACGGUCUCAAGGACCCUGGCUCCUCUCCGUGGGACCAUGUAUCCACAAAGGCUUACACUGAUCCCGGAAAGAAAUCUCUUGCAGCGUCUCUAUAGCAGCAAAGGACCUGCUUCCAUUGGAAUCGUGGACUACGACGUGGUCAAGAAGCUGCCCAGCGAACCGCAAAAACUCCUAAUUGAUGUCCGCGAGCCGGAGGAGCUAAAGGAGACUGGUCAAAUACCCUCCAGCAUAAACAUUCCCCUCGGCGUAGUCAGCCAGGAGUUGGCCGCCACCGCACAGGACUUCAAGUCCAAGUACGGCAGAGAGAAGCCGCAGCCGGACACUGAGAUCAUCUUCCAUUGCAAGAUCGGCAAGCGUAGCCUUAAGGCUGCUGAGUCCGCCGCCGCCUUGGGCUUCCGGAAUGUCAAGAACUACGAGGGUUCUUGGUUGGAUUGGGCGAAGAGGGAAGGCCUGCCCAAGUAGGUUAACAAGAAAGUCAGAACAAAUACUGUUUAAAAACAAAACUCCUUCUUUAAUAAAAAAAUUUUUAGAUUA